AUGGACAGCGAAGAUACAUCUCCCUUGAACGUAGCUAAUUCAUUUUAUGACACUAGUGUAGUAGAAGAAGCCCAGAUAGAAGCCCAGUUAUUAGCCCAGAGAGAAGCCCAAGCUCAGUUUGAAGCCCACCAGAAAGCCCAGUUGAAUAUUAUAGUAGAUACCCAGUUAGUAGGUAGCCCAAGUAAAACCCCAAGUCCACAAGUAGGAAAAGGAGUAGUCACACGUAGCCCUGUUACAAAUAGUUUUGAACAUCAGUCGUUAGGUUCUAUAUCUAAACCACGCACUAAAAAAAUGGCAGUAACCAUAAAAUUAGAAGACGCUUUCAAAUUAAUUCCAAUAUGCACAGGAAUAGACGAUAUCUAUCAAUUCAUAAAUGCAUAUGAUAUGGCAGUAAGUUUAGUCGACACAAACAGUGCACCAAUAUUAGUAAAAUAUAUUGCUACACAAUUAACGGGUAGAGCAUUAGAAAUGAUUAAAUAUAAAAACGUAACAAAAUGGCAAUAUAUAAAAAAUUAUUUAACAGAUGCAUUCGAAGUGACAACCAAUGCAUCGUCGUUGCAACUUCAAUUAAAUUCGAUUAGAAUGAAUCACAAUGAGGAUGUAAAUGAUUAUUGCCAUAGAGUAGAGAAACUAUAUUAUCAGUUAUGUACCGUAAGUACAUUGAACAAAGAAGCUACAGAAGCAAGAAUUAUACAUGAAACAUUAAGGGAACAAACUCUAACGAUAAAGGAUUAG